UGAUGAUGAUGAUGAUGAGGAGGAGGAGGAGGAGGAUGAGGAUGAGGAUGGGGAGGAUGAUGAUGCGCGCUAUGUGUGAAUGAAUUCCCGGUCAGUGACCCGCUGCUGGUCGGCUGCGUGACGGAUGCAUUGGCUUUUUACAGUCAGAUGCCUGGAAUGACCACGAUUAUGGAUAUCUUGUGUUUUCUAUGGAUGCUGCCGUCAGUCUGGGCGCUCGAAGAAGUACUAAUGGAUUCAACAGUAGCUACUGCAGAACUGGGCUGGACCAUCUACCCAUCACAAGGGUGGGAAGAAGUUAGCGGCUAUGACGAAAACAUGAACACCAUCCGGACGUACCAGGUGUGCAACGUCUUCGAUAACAGCCAGAACAACUGGAUACGCACCAAGUACAUCCGGCGCCGCGGUGCUCAGCGCAUCCACGUUCAGAUGAAGUUCUCAGUGCGCGACUGCAGCUCCAUACCCAAUGUCCCCGGCUCCUGCAAGGAGACCUUCAACCUGUAUUACUACGAGUCCGACUCGGACGUGGCCACUAAAACGUCCCCGGCCUGGAUGGAGAACCCCUGGGUGAAAGUGGACACCAUCGCGGCCGACGAAAGCUUCUCUCAGGUCGACCUCGGCGGACGCAUAAUGAAGAUCAACAGUGAAGUCAGGAGCUUCGGGCCCGUUUCGCGCAACGGGUUCUACCUCGCCUUCCAGGAUUACGGCGCCUGCAUGUCGCUCAUUGCCGUGCGGGUCUUCUACAGGAAGUGUCCAGGCGUGAUCCUGAAUGGCGCCGCCUUUCCCGAGACUCUGUCGGGAGCGGAGAGCACCUCUUUGGUGGCAGCCAGAGGGGUGUGCAUUCCCAAUGGGGAGGAAGUGGAUGUGCCCAUCAAGCUGUACUGCAAUGGAGAAGGGGAGUGGAUGGUGCCCAUCGGGCGGUGCAUGUGCAAAGGCGGGUACGAGGCUGUGGAGAACGGCACGGUCUGCCGAGCCUGUGCGUCGGGCUUCUUCAAGGCUGCACAGGGAGACCACAAAUGUCUGCAGUGCCCCAUCAACAGCCGAACCACCAGCGACGGCGCAACCAACUGCGUCUGUCGCAACGGCUACUACCGCGCCGACUCGGACCCUCCGCAGAUGCCUUGCACCACGGUUCCAUCCGCUCCGCAAAAUGUCAUCUCCAUAGUGAACGAGACGUCUUUGCGGCUGGAGUGGAGCCCGCCGCAGGAGAGCGGCGGGCGGGAGGACGUCGUCUACAACAUCAUUUGCAAGAGCUGCGGCAACGGGCGCGUGGGCUGCACCCGCUGUGGAGACAACGUGCAGUUUGUCCCGCGUCAGCUGGGACUGACCGACACCCGCGUCCACAUCAGCGACCUCCUGGCCCACACCCAGUACACCUUAGAGAUACAGGCCGUCAACGGCGUGUCCGACCAGAGCCCCUACUCGCCGCAGUACACGGCCGUCAACAUCACCACCAACCAAGCCGCACCGUCAGCCGUGUCCAUUAUCCACCAGGUCAGCAGAACUCCCACCAGCAUCACUUUGUCCUGGUCCCAGCCCGAUCAGCCCAACGGUGUUAUACUGGACUAUGAACUCCAGUACUAUGAGAAGAACCAGGCUGAGUGGAACUCGUCCCUAACGAGGAGUCAGACGAACACCGCGGUCAUACGAGGCCUGAGGCCUGGAACCAUCUACGUCUUCCAGGUUCGGGCUCGGACUGUCGCCGGAUUCGGACGCUUCAGUGGAAAAAUGUACUUCCAAACCAUGACUGAAGAGGAAUAUAACUCCAGUAUCCAGGAGAAGCUUCCACUCAUCAUUGGUUCAUCCGCCGCCGGGCUAGUCUUCAUAAUUGCCGUCAUUGUCAUCAUAAUUGUCUGUAACAGCCGGAGAAGUUCAGAAAGACCUGAAUCUGAGUACACGGACAAACUCCAACAUUACACCAGUGGUCACAUGUCGCCCGGCAUGAAGAUCUACAUUGACCCGUUCACGUACGAAGAUCCCAACGAAGCGGUCAGGGAGUUUGCCAAGGAGAUCGACAUUUCCUGCGUCAAGAUCGAGCAAGUGAUUGGCGCAGGUGAAUUUGGGGAGGUGUGCAGCGGGAACCUACGGCAGCCCGGGAAGAGGGAGAUACUGGUGGCUAUUAAAACACUGAAAGCAGGAUACACCGAACGCCAGAGGAGAGACUUCCUGAGCGAAGCUUCCAUCAUGGGCCAGUUCGACCACCCCAACAUCAUCCACCUGGAGGGAGUAGUGACCAAGAGCAGCCCAGUGAUGAUCAUCACUGAAUUCAUGGAGAAUGGAUCCCUGGACUCCUUCCUCAGGCAAAACGAUGGGCAGUUCACUGUGAUCCAGCUGGUGGGAAUGCUGCGCGGCAUAGCCGCAGGAAUGAAGUACCUGUGCGACAUGAACUACGUCCAUCGAGACCUGGCGGCGAGAAACAUCCUGGUCAACAGCAACCUGGUGUGCAAAGUGUCUGACUUUGGUCUGUCGCGCUUCCUCGAGGACGACACCUCAGACCCCACCUACACCAGCGCUCUGGGAGGAAAGAUUCCCAUCCGAUGGACGGCUCCAGAGGCCAUUCAGUACAGGAAGUUCACCUCCUCCAGUGAUUGUUGGAGCUAUGGGAUUGUCAUGUGGGAGGUGAUGUCGUAUGGAGAGAGGCCUUACUGGGACAUGAGUAACCAAGAUGUAAUCAAUGCCAUAGAGCAGGACUACAGGUUGCCGCCCCCCAUGGAUUGUCCUAGUGCACUACACCAGCUGAUGCUUGACUGCUGGCAGAAAGACCGUAAUAACCGGCCUAAGUUCAGCAUGAUUGUUAGCAGUCUGGAUAAGAUGAUCCGCAACCCCAGCAGCCUCAAGGCCAUGACUCCUCUGUCCUCAAGUGUUCAUUUACCUCUGCUGGACCGGAGCACUCCAGACUUCUCAUCUUUCAGCACAGUGGAUGAGUGGCUGGAUGCCAUAAAGAUGGGCCAGUACAAGGAGAACUUCACCAAUGAAGGCUUCACCAGCUUCGAUGUUGUGUCCGAAAUGACGAUGGAGGACAUCCUUCGGGUGGGAGUGACACUGGCCGGCCAUCAGAAGAAGAUCCGAAACAGCAUCCAGUCCAUGAGGGCCCAGAUGAACCAGAUCACCUCAGUGGAGGUGUGAUCUCCCAGAUCAGCAGCAGCAGCAGCAGCACACAGACCCCGUUCACUGCAGGAAGCUCAGCCGAAACCAACCGUCCGUCCAAUCGUCCUUGAACCUCUGAGAAGGGCUGAUGACCCGCGAGCGCACACGCACACACACACGCACACCAAACUUCCUCCAGAGGGUUAAUUCAGUCUGCAGCAGCACAGCACAAAUGUUGGUAGUUUUCUUGGAGCUACUGUACGUUCAGGUAGCAGUCAUACUCCGUGGCUUGAUGUUACGACUGACCACAAACAGCCACUGGAACGCAGUUCGUGUUUACAUGACAUAACUCAGUAAUCGGCUCCACUACCACCACGUUAAAUCAUUCAUAAGAAAUGCAUUUUUAAUGCUGGCCUCGUUCUUUGAAUUGUGCGUACAGCAGCCACUGUCACAAUGAAAUUUCAUAAAAAAAAAAGAAACGCCGCAAAGAUGACUUUGCUAAAUCGCUACUGCUGUUAAUUGGAAGAUUGCAUUAUCCAAUCUCAGCACAUUUAAAUGAAACAUCUGCACCUUACUGCUAAGGAAGGCCGUUUUUUUUGUUCACUGUUUAAUGUUACAGUAUAGCCAACUCUAUUUCUGGUACUAUGCAGGGUAGGUAGGUUUUUAUCCACAGAUUAGGGCUGUCAAAAAUAAUAGGUUAAUAACGGAUUAAAGCGAAUCCCAACACAUACGGGCAUUUUUGGAACUAUAACCCCGGUCUCGUAUCCGUACUCAAGAAGUGAUCAGAGAAGCAGAAAACACUCUGGAAAAAAGAAAAAAGUGCAGCCAUGGUAACUCAAAAAGAGGCAGAAGAAGACAGGAAACGAGCAGAAAUGAUUCGACUUCAAAGGCUUAUCAGAUAGUUCUCUCAAGAUUUCCUAUGGUAUUCUGAGCAGCCCAGAUGUUGAUAAGAGAUAGGAGAUCUAAUGAACUAAUUCAUUUGCAUUAACGUGCAUCAGCAAUGGACGUAGUUUCAACCUAUUGACAGCCCUAGAAUAGACACACAGGGUGUUCGCCAUUAAACUAUUUCGGUGCCAUACGUUUAGAGCAGGAAUCACUGGCUAUUUUCUUUGUUUUGCUUCAGUGUAAAAUUCACAAGGUGCUCUGUUUCAGCUCUGAUGUAGUAGCUGCUGAAGGAAACUCGGAAGUCGCUAUGCAACUUGUAACUCAACUGUGAAACCUGAAUCAUGAAAACGUGCCGCUGCUAAUAGGAGGAGCUGCCAAACAAAGCAGAACUGAACUCUAAAUCGUUUUAACUUUAGCAUCAUAUCUUCGGGGAGUUUGCCUAAACGCAACUUUCGUGUGGUUCUGACAAUCAAAAAAAAAAAAAAAAGCUGACGUGGUUAACAGCGUGUGACUGGUAUUAACUAAAGAGAUUUGCCCUUUAAAAGGGCUUUUUAAAAAAACACAUUUCAGUACCUGUGCUGUGAGAAGCUGCUGAUUUAUUUUUGACUCUUGAAUGGACAUGUGAGACAAAUGAAGGAACUAUGUCAAGAAUACUUAAAGGAUACUGUGUGAGCUGGUCUUCCAAAAAAAUGUUGUAAAAUGUGAGGACGACCGGUGUUUUAGAAAAGAAAACUCGUUGAUAUGUUAUACUUGUUACUCUUUUCUUUAUUUUUUUUACAGACAUUCUCCUACGACAUUUUAACACUGCAAUCUACGUCACCCGAAAUGGACAAUUUGUAAAUGUUGAUGUUUGUCUUCCCCUGUGAUCUCACUGUCCCGUCCACUGUGGACGUCAGCGUACGGGUCAGGAGACACUGCUUUGGAAUAUGUUUCUCAGCGCUGUACAUAACUUUCACAUCAUGUUUUCAGUUCACGGGGAUUCGCCUCUUGUCAUCUUGUACAUAUCAAUAUGUUCUUUUUUUUUUUUUUUUAUGUUAGCAUAUACCCCAAAAAGAAAACUCAGUGGUGUUUGUUACACUCAUUUAUAUAUAUAUAAAUAUACAUAUAUACAAAAAAAAAACAAAUCCAGGCAUCCCCUGAAUGUCACAUUAUCUUCCCACUGUCCCUAGCUUUUAAAACUUAACACAUGUUGUACAGAAGUGCAUUGUUUCAUGCGGCAUGUACGUCACCUGAUGAUCAUGUGUCUGAUCUUACGUGUUCUUUAAGUGUCAGUUUAUGCUGAUAAAAGACGGAUACCUCUCUG